CCCCGCGCUUCCUUCCCCAUCCCAGUCUCAUCUCCCCUGAGAGACAACCAGAGGAUGUGGAGGCAGGCUGCUUUCGUCGUCGUGUAGCCUCAACCUCAUCCGCUCCUUCCCACAUCCACAUCCACCCAACCCUCCUACAACCUCGUGCUUUUUUUCCCCUACUCGCACAAACGCGCGCGCGCUACCAUCACCCCACAAUCUACUACAUACGCACACACGGGCCCAUCUGCUACGGACCAUCGCCGAACCCGAUCCACCGCGCCCCAGCAAACAUACGAGACAACCUCCCUCCGACCUACCUCGAACCCUUCUCGGCCUCUACAACCCCACCUCACCUCACCCUACCUCACCACCGUCAUCGCCCCCUUCAGCCGCGCCACCCUCCUAUCCCACGUUCCAGCCACCACCGCCGUGCGCGCGUGCCUCACCCUUAUAUACCUAUGCCUCCAUGACCUCCGUCCCCCCCCCACCGACCACCCCAUCCCUCGCCCACCGCAUCCGCACCGCAAUAAUGACCCUACACACCACGCUCCUGUCGGCCCUGCGCGCGCUCCUGCGCCGCACGAAGCGCAUGCACGCCCUCCUCGCCACCUUCCUGCGCACCCUGCGCCCCGCGCUCUCCCCCUCCCCCACCGCCCUCUACGCCGCCGAGAUCGAGUCCCUCUUCGCGGCCCUCGACGCGCCGGGCCUGCGCCGCCUCGCCGAUGGGCUGCAGGCGGAGUACGCGCUCGCGCUGUGUGAGAACCCGGCGUGUAUGCUGCCCAGCUACAGCCAUGUGUUGCCGUCUGGCGCAGAGACGGGGCGCUAUGUCGCGCUUGAUGUUGGGGGCUCGACGUUCCGCGUUGCGGUGCUGGAGCUGUUUGGGCGCGGGAUCGAGGGGGAGGAGAGUGUUGCGCGUGGGGCGAGGACGUUCAGGAUUGAUGAUCUGGUGAAGCAGCGUGUUGGGAUUGCGUUUUUUGAGUGGUUGGCUGAGAGGAUUGAGGAGACGCUUAGGGAGGUACUGGGGGAGACGAAGGAGGGCGAGGAGGUGGCGAAGAUGGAUAUGGGACUGUCGUGGAGCUUUCCAAUUGAGCACACCUCGUUGCGCAGUGGAAAGAUCCAUGGGAUGGGCAAGGGGUUUAGAGCGAUGGAGGGGCUUCUAGGGGCGGACCUGGCAGAUGUUUUACAGGGCGCUUGUGACCGGCGGCAUCUCCCAGUAACCCUCACCGCAACCAUCAACGACGCCGCCUCCACCCUCCUCUCGCGCGCCUACAGCACGCCACACACGCACUACGGCCUCAUCCUCGGCACCGGCGUCAACAUCGCCGUGCACCUCCCCACCUCCCUCGUAGCCGGGAAACUCGCCCUGCGCAACCACAGCGCCGCAUCCCCUCCCACCUCACCUCCGUCGCUGUCCACAUCGCCGGGUUCGUCCGUCAGCACGGGCUCUGCCCUCCCCCCGCAUGAUCAUGUGAUCGUCAAUACGGAAAUCAGCAUGUUCGGCGCGGGCGUCCUGCCAGUAACCCGCUUCGACACUGCCCUCGAAGCCGCGCACGCGCUGCCGGGCUUCCAGCCCCUCGAGAUGCUAGUCUCAGGCCGCUACCUGGGUGAAGUCGCACGCCUGGUCAUCGUCGAAGGAGUCGAGCGGGGUGCUCUGUUCGAGGAGGCAAAGGCGCUGCCGAGGGGGUGGGAGAGGGGAUACGGUCUCGACUCCGAGGUAUUGGCCAAGCUGCAGGUUGGGGAGUGGAAGAGCCUCGGUCUCGGGAUUGGGGAGGGUGAUGGGGAGGCGCUGCGGCGGAUUGCUGGUGCUGUUUCAGCAAGGGCGGCGAGGGUGGUGGCUGCGUCGAUUUACGCGUUACGGGGUGUGAGGGACGGCGCCGCUGCUACGGCUGCAGCGGUGCCGACGAAGGCGGAGCUUAUUGAGGGGACGGUCACGGCGGCGCCGGCGGCUGCUGUGAAGGAGGAUACGGUGGUUGCGUGCGCGGGGGCGGUGAUUCAGUUUUACCCUGGCUUUCGCGGGGGGCGCAGGAGGCGCUGGAUGAGUUGUGUGGAGAGGGGGGGCAGGGGAGGAUAGAGCUUUGUCUUGCGGAGGAAAGCUCGUUGCUUGGG